AUGCCUCCUAAGGGGAGUAGGCAGGCUACGCUGGGGAAAUUCUUCACCCAGGCCAACGGCGCUGCGAUUCCGGAGCCAAAGGUGGCGGCGCAAAAUAAAACGCAGACGAAGUUAAGUUUUUCGACCAAGGUGGGGGGGGAGCAGAGCCCCAAGAGGAAGAAGAAGGAUGAAGAGGAGGAGGUGAGUUCCGAUGCUGAGGGGGGAGAGGAGGGGGGUAAACCGGUGGAGAAGAAGAAGAAACGGGGCCGGCCUGCUAAGGCUGCCAUCAUCACUACGACGGAAAAGAAGACGAGAAAGAAGGAGGUUGAUGAGGAUGGGGAUGAGAGCAUGGAGGAUGCGGAACCUGCGCAGAAAAAAGCGAGGAAGGGGCGGAGGAGGGUGGUGAGGGAUGAGGAGGAUGGGGAUGAGAGUAUGGAGGAUGCGCCGGCGCCGGUUGAGGAUGGCAGGGUGUCCUCGCCGGAGGGGUAUCAGUAUGAGAAGGGGAGUGAGCCGAGGAUGUUGAAUGCGACGCCGAAGAAGAGGCAGGGAAAGAAGGUGAGACAGGAUGAGAAGGAGUGGAAUUUGGGGGUGGAGUCGCCGGAGGGGUAUGAUUAUAAGGGUGGGAGUCCGCCGAAGCUUUUUAAGGGGGAUAGGUUGGUUGCUGUUGGGGGGAAGAAGGUUGGGAAGGAGGAGGCGGGGAAGAAAGAGGGGGAGAAGGCCGGGAAGAAGGCGGUUGAGAAGGAGGAGGAGGAGGUUGUCAAGGAGGGAGAGGAGACGGCGUCGUCGGCUUCGGAUGUGGAGAUGGAGGAGGAGGAGGAGGAGGAGAAGCCGGAGGUGGUCAAGAAGGCGAGGCAGAAGGUGCAGGCUACGCUUAAGAGUGCUGAUGAGCAUCCUUUUCCUGAUUGGAAGGCUGGGGAGCCGGUGCCGUAUGCUGCUCUCUGCACUACGUUUUCGCUGGUGGAGCUCACGACGAAGAGGCUGGAGAUUAUGGCGCACUGUGCGCUGUUUUUGAGACAGGUUUUGAGGCUCACGCCGGAUGAUCUUUUGCCGGUGGUGCUGCUUAUGAUCAACAAGCUUGCUCCUGACUAUGCGGGUAUCGAGCUGGGCAUCGGAGAGAGUUUGAUCAUGAAGGCUAUCGGAGAGUCGACGGGCAGAAGUCUGGCGAUUAUCAAGCAGGAUCAGAAGGAGAUUGGUGAUCUGGGCUUGGUGGCGGUCAAGAGCAGGUCGACGCAGCCGACCAUGUUCAAACCAAAGCCAUUGACUGUUAGGGGUGUGCUGAAGGGGCUGAUGGGCAUUGCCACGACAACGGGCAAUGGAGCUCAGGGGAGGAAGGUGGAUGGGAUCAAGAAACUGCUUUCCCAGGCUGAUGCCAACGGGGCGAAGAAGGUUGAUAUCACCAAGGACAAGGGCGGGCCGAGUGAAGCCAAGUAUCUGGUCAGGUUCCUGGAGGGGAAGCUGAGAUUGGGUCUGGCGGAGAAGUCGGUCAUUGUCAGUUUGUCACAGGCGGUGGUUGCGCACGAGGCGGCUCAAAAGGGGGUUGCGCCCAGUGCGGCUGACUUUGAGAAGGGCGAGGCGAUCCUCAAGACUGUCUACAGCGAGCUGCCAAGCUACGAUGUCAUCAUUCCGGCUAUGGUUGAGCACGGGAUCAUGAACCUGAGGGAUCACUGCAAGUUGAGACCUGGUGUUCCCCUCAAGCCCAUGUUGGCCAAUCCUACCAAGGCUAUCACCGAGGUUCUGGACCGGUUUGAGAACAAGCUUUUCACUUGCGAGUACAAGUACGAUGGUGAAAGAGCGCAGAUUCACUAUGUGGCCAAGGACACUGCUGAAGAGCUCAGCCAGUCGGCCGCGAAUGCCAGCAAGGAGGUGGGUAAUGGUGUGGCGGCGAUCUUCUCGAGAAACUCGGAGGAUCUGUCCAAGAAGUACCCUGACGUCUUGGCCAAGCUGUCUACUUGGGUCAAGGACGACACGAAGAGCUUUGUCUUGGACUGUGAGUCGGUUGCUUGGGAUGUGGAUGAGAAGAAGGUGUUGCCUUUCCAGCAGCUGAUGACGCGCAAGAAGAAGGACGUCAAGAUUGAGGAAGUCAAGGUCAAGGUUUGCGUCUUUGCGUUUGAUCUGCUUUAUCUGAACGGGGAGGCGGUGGUGAACAAGUCGCUCAGGGAGAGGAGGGAGCUGUUGCACAAGUCGUUUACUCCUGUCGAGGGCGAGUUUGCGUUUGCGACGUCGAUGAAUGGGCAGGAGCUGGAUGAGAUUCAGACGUUCUUGGAUGAGUCGGUCAAGGCUUCGUGUGAGGGGUUGAUGGUGAAGAUGCUGGAUGGGGAGGAGAGUGGGUAUGAGCCUAGUAAGAGGUCGAGGAAUUGGUUGAAGAAAGACUACCUCGCCGGCAUCGGCGACUCGCUCGACCUCGUCGUCCUCGGUGCCUACUUUGGCAAGGGCAAGCGCACCUCUGUCUACGGCGCCUUUUUGCUGGCGUGCUACAACCCCGGCACGGACAUGUACGAAACGGUCUGCAACAUUGGCACCGGCUUCAGCGAGGCUGUGCUCGAGGAGCUGCAUGCCCAGCUCUCCAAGAUCACGAUUGAUCGCCCCAAGCCGUUUUACGCCCACAGCAGCGGGGGCCAGCACCAGCCGGACGUGUGGUUUGAACCUAAAUAUGUCUGGGAGGUCAAGACGGCGGACUUGACGCUGAGCCCGAGGUACAAGGCGGGGAUGAAGGAGGGGGUUGACCCGACCGGGGAGAAGGGGAUCAGCUUGAGGUUUCCGAGGUUUAUCAAGGUGAGGGAUGACAAGAAGCCGGACGAGGCGACGAGCAGUCGGCAGGUGGCGGAGAUGUAUCGGAAGCAGGAGAGUGUGAGUAAGAGCAAGGGGCCGAGUGUGGAUGAUGAUUUUGAGUAUUAG